GACAGAUGAUUGGGUGGAUCUGACAGCGUUAAAAUUUAUGACACACGUAAAAACUUCCGAAAAAUAAAAUUUGAUGAAAAUUUAAAGUCCGAAAACACAACAACAUGAGAGAAGAUUGCAAGUCAACUUUGAGUUCACUUAGCUCUUCUGUUCUUCUUCCAACAACCUGCGAUCCUUCUGAUCUGCGUCCGAGCCCUGUUGGUUUUUCGGUGGUUCUUUGUUACGAAUUGUGUUCCAGAAAAUGAGUUCAAAAAGAGGUGGGAGAUCUUCCACUGUGGCAACCAAUGAUGGUUCUUCUUCCAAAGGGAAAAAUGCAUCGGAGUGUCUUCAAAAAAUUGAGCAAUUGACUCAUGAUGUUGCUGAUGUUAACCUUCAGUCAGGAGAAGAUGAUGGUGAAUGGGUGGUAUAUUCAAGGAAAUCCAGGAAUAGAGCCAAAAGAAGUGCUGCAAAACCAUGGAGUCCUCCGGUUACUUGGUAUGAUGGAGGAGUUGGAAGGGCUUCUGGUUAUGCAACUGGAAAUCCUUGGGAGUCCCAAAAUGCUAACUUCAGGAGAACUGCAGAAGGAACUGCCAGGACCCAGUUAAAUGCAAGUAAAUCUGAAAGCAGCAAUGUGAUUUCUAGUCCAUUAAUUCGACCUCCCUUGGAGCAUGGGUGGAAUUGGCAAUCUAGAACUGAUUCCAGGCAGCACCGGGGUGAUGAUAACAUGGUAAAGGAUGAGAUUACUGAAGAAUCCCCAGUGAAGAAUGAUGGUGUUGAUGAAGAGGGAGAGGAGGGCUUUGGUGCAAUGGAAGAUACUGAUGACGAUCUCAUGAGUGAUGACUAUGAUUCUGAUACUAGUCAAAAGAGCCAUGAGACUCGAAAGAAGAGCAAAUGGUUUAAGGUUUUCUUUAAGAAUUUUGAUAACCUACCAAUUGAUAAGAUUAACGAACCAGAAAGACAGUGGCACUGUCCGGCUUGUCGAGGUGGUCCUGGUGCCAUUGAUUGGUACAGAGGGCUUCAGCCUCUGAUUACUCAUGCCAAAACAAAAGGGUCAAAAAGGGUGAAGAUCCACAGGGAGUUUGCUGAGCUUUUGGAUGAGGAAUUGCUCAGAAGAGGUACUGCAGUAAUUCCACCAGGGGAAGUGUUUGGUAAGUGGAAAGGCUUGAAAGAUGAGGAGAAAGAUCAUGAAAUCGUUUGGCCUCCAAUGGUUGUCAUUCAAAACACAAGGCUGGAACAGGAUGAAAAUGAUAAGUGGCUAGGUAUGGGAAACCAAGAGCUUCUUAAUUAUUUUAGCACAUAUGAUGCUGUGAAAGCUCGACACUCUUAUGGCCCCCAUGGUCAUCGAGGGUUGAGUGUUUUGAUAUUUGAAGCCUCAGCUAUAGGUUAUCUUGAGGCUGAGCGUCUUCACAAAGACUUUGCAGAACAAGGAACUGACAGAAAUGCUUGGUUUAGCCACCACCGUAGAUUAUUUCUUCCUGGUGGCCGGAGACAGCUCUAUGGCUACAUGGCAGUAAAAGAAGACCUGGACAUUUUCAACAGACACUGCCAAGGUAAAUCUAGGCUGAAAUAUAACAUGAGAUCAUACCAGGAGAUGGUCGUAAACCAACUUCGGCAAAUGAAUGAGGACAACCAGCUACUUGUUUAUUUGAAGGACAGGGAUGUCAGAAAACAAAAACAAACAAAAGCUCUUGAAGAAUCCUUGGAUAUAGUGACUGAGAAGCUGCGAAGGACAAUGGAGGAAAAUCGCAUAGUGAGGUUGAGAACUAAAAUGCAACACGAAGAGAACAAGGAAGAGAUGUACAUGCAAGAACAAUUUUUCAAGGAGCAGAUCAGAAUCAUUCAAGAUUCAAGGGCUGCAAAGGAAGAAGAGUUUGAGAGGAUGCAGCAGGAGAAACGUGAGAAGGUGAAGCCAUUAAGUUCUAGCCCUUUGGAUGACAGGGUUGAUGAAUAUCUAAAAUUUGUUGAGUUUCAAGAUAAAGAAAUGGAAAACUUUGUUGCUGAAGAGGAGAAACUGAGAAAAGCUCAUAAAGAGAAUGUUGCUGCAAUGAUAAAGAGACAUUGGGAGGAAAAGGUGCAGUUGGAGGAAAGUUUUAAUGAAGGACUAUCUAAGCUCAUGGAAAAGUACUCCCUUUCUCACCAAGAAACCAAGUUCAAUGCUAUCUGAUGAUAGGCUGUUGCACAUUGCAGAAAAAAAUACUGAAAAGUAAACAGAAGAUCAAUGGUUACAGAGAUUGUUCUGAGUUGAAGAAGGAAGAGCCAUAGAUAAGAAAUUUAGUUCUUGAAGAUAAGGAUAUGCCUGGAGACAGAGAGCUCUCUAAAUACAAAUGACAUUGCAUAUUCUCUGUUCUUUAUUACUGAUUUUCAAUGUCUUAUUUCAAUUUUCUCUAACAUAGAACACACUUAGGUCAAAAUGGUAUAUAUUUAUUAUAUAU